AUGCAUCACCAGCCAGGCUUGGCCAGGGCUGUCCCAUGGCAGCUGAGCCCCUCCUCAGGGCUGAUGGUUCGGCUGAGUAACAGGCUGCGAUCACCUCUCCUUCAGAUCUCUCCCAUUAAAAUCAUUAAGAUGCUGGACUGGAGAUUAGAGCUAAUGGUGUAUCGUCUUAUCCGUUGCGCAUGCGCAUUGUUGCCUCUUCCCUCUACCCCUCCUCUUAGCAACAGAGCAGCAGCAAAGAUGGCUGCCUCCAGUAACGCCGAGCGCUCUCCUGAGAGGUCGGCGCCGCUGAAGACGCCGAAAACCGAGCUCCCAUCUCCUGAAUCGGACGAGCUGAGCGAUGGUAACCCGUACUAUUCUGACCCAUCCGCCCCCAGCAGAGUUUCCUCUCUGAAUGUGUCCAUAUCAACGCUGGGGGCUGGAGGCGGCCCGGCCUCUGCCUCUAACAACAACAGCGGCAGCGUCGCUGGCGGCGGCUUUACUGUGUGUCGCGGCAUGUCAUGGACUCCCUCCGAAACCAACGCGCUCAUCGCCGUGUGGGGCAACGAGCGACUCGCCGAGGCCCGCAUGCAGCAGCUGGAAGUUGCAGGCACGGUGUUUUCCGGCAAGGCGCCCGGACCGGCCAUGUAUGAGCGUGUUUCCAGAGCGUUGUCAGAGCUCGGGUAUGACAGGACUCCGUCUCAGUGCAGGGAGAGGAUGAAGACUCUACGGCGAUGCUACAGUCGCGUAAAAGAGCAUGGCAUUGGGAAGAGGAAGAGCAGUUACUCCAUCGAGCAGCUGGAGAAGGUGUUUGGACAGGGCGGCUGGGACUCUCAGAGCUGCCAGCCCGUGCUGAUUAACAGCAGCGGCCUCUAUCAGGAGAUGGAGUCGGAUGGCAGUAUGAUGGAGGACUACCCUCAAGAGGACUGGUGCAGCCAGGAUCUUUCUGCUGCUUUCCAGGAGGGAGAGAUUGAAGCUGAGGAAAUUCAACUCCCCAAAAGCAGAGUUGUACAGAUAAGACCAGAGGCUUCUGAGCAUGCCCAGCGUCAGGAAGUGAUGCAGAACGUGGUACGCAUACUGGAAUCAGUAGACGUCAAAUGGGAGCACUUCCAGACGUGGACAGACUUCUCACGCUUGCACCUCUCCAACAAGCUGGCCAUCUUUGGUGUGGGCUACAAUACACGGUGGCGAGAGGAAAUUCGCUACCACUAUGCAGAGAUCAGCUCCCAGGUGCCUCUCGGAAAGCGUCUGCGGGAGUACUUCAACCCUGAGAAGACAGAGGGCAGGGAGAUCAUGACCAAGGUGCAGAAGAUGAACUGGAAAAAUGUGUACUAUAAAUUUCUAGACAUCACGAUCAGUGAAGCGCGAUGCUUGGAGCUCCACAUGGAGGUGGACUGGAUUUCUAUUGCACAAACAAGCUCUUCAGGUUACAGCAAUGGAUCGCAGUACCUGCUUCCGGGUGGCAUUCCGAAAACUUACGGCCUCUACGCUAUUGGGUAUGAGGAGGCUGGAGAGACUAAUAUUUUCUGCUUAGAAAGCAGUGGUUCUUUAACUGGUGAACCAAAACAAGAACUUGGUGUGAGUGACAAUAAGCGAAAAAGGACUUCAUCCAAAGUAACAUACUGCUACCUCGGCAUAGCAGAAGAUCGCACUCUUCAGCAAUGCCUCUCCCAGCACUUUCAGAGUUCAGGCAAGUGUUGUAGUCGUUCCGAGCCUGCCAUCACCAGGUUUCUGCAGGAAAACUGUUCCAAGGAUGCAGGUUCCUGUUCCGUGUACAUUAAAUUUAUUGAAGUAGAGCUGGACUUUCUCUCAGCUGGAUCCCUGGUGGAAUGUUUAGAAACAGCAAUUGGAUACGCCUUGAAGUUCAACAAAAAAGACAACUUGUGACAAAAAAAAAAUUAAUUUGCACUACUGCAUUGAAGAGAUUUUGACACAGCUCAGCUUUCAGUCUAGUUAUUUCAACCAGCAAAGAAUAACUCUAGAGCCCAAACUGAACAGCAUCUUGAUCUUUUCAGUGUAGUUGUAUCAGCAGUUGAACAUGUUCAGGAAGGGUUAAUGUUCCUCCCUUGCAGUACUGUAAAUCAGGGAGCUGAGGAUUUGUUUAAGUUAACAUGGCGGACCCAAUGGCAUCUAGACGAUGCCACAUCUAUUUUAAAACUGCCUUUAUUUUUUAUCAUCCUAUUAGUGCUUCAAAUGAUUCAAGUGUAUGUGGAGACAUGACACUUUUUGAAUUUCCUCUCGGAGAAACAUGGGGGAAAAUGAAAGUUUAUUGCUGUAGAGUUCUAUAUAAUAUAUAUUUAUGAAUAUUGAUGUUAAGCAUUCCAGCAUUUUCAGGAAAUUGCAUUCAGAUGUUUUCAGUAUAUCAGUAUUUGUUUUAUUUGUAUAUUUUUUUUUAUCCUGUGAACUCACGCAGUGUCUUUAUGUGUAACGGUUUUCAGAUCACAGUAUUGUUUACAUGAAUGGAAGAAAAAAAUAAAUUAAUGAA